ACAGCCUCGCCGGAGUUGCGCCCCCUCUCUGUGCUCCCUGAGAAUACGCCAGCCAAGUCCAGAAAAUCCGUUACCAGGCUGCUGUAUCCCUAAAGGCCAUUCCCAAGGCGGAAGAAGACGGGGACAGCCCCUGUGUUGAUUCCCCGGGCCAAGUGAGCCGAGAGCGCAUCGGGUCGUGUUAUGGGCAGGUGAGCCUGGCGGUUCCGUGAACCUCAGACGCCGGAACACCCCUGGCCAGACGCGCCCCGGCAGCCUCCAGGAGCUGGCAUUCGUCUGCUCACCUCCUGGAGUUGGGAGCCCACGACAUCGACUGCGCGGGUUGUUCUGGGCGCAGCUCAACAGGACCUUGAUAUAGAGGGAUCGGGGUCCCCAAAGUGAGCAGACCAACCCUAUAAAAUUAGUAUCUACCAGACUCCCCCCCCCCACACACACACACACUUCCCUCCAGGAAGGAAGGUAAACAGGAAAAAAAAAUAAAAACAAAAACUCAAAGCUUUCUAGCCGUCUUUGCUGAUAGAGGAGGAGAGAGUGUGUAUCAAUUUUCAAUCCUUGGCUUCCUGGGUGGGUCCUUUCCUGCCUCCGAAUUUGAGGAUCCAGUGGUUAGGGUAGGAAGUAAUGGGACAAGCUGAGGACUAGAGACUCGCUUUAAGUAAGCGUUCUCAUGAUAUGCACUUGGCUUUUGUCUUGAUUGUGCGUUUAUCUUGGGUGAAGGGACUCCUGGGGUGCAAGGUUUCGGGGUGGAAGCUGCUUUGGUAAAAUAAGCCUUAUUUUCUUAGAUUGAGUGGCACAGAUCAGUAAAGCGACGUGCUCCAAAGAUGCAAGAUUUUUAGACUUAUUAUUGAGGGGUGUUCCAGAUGAUAGGACACCGAAGCUCUCAGCCCCCCUCCCUUUACCUGACAAGCGUCUUGAGGACCCUCCUACAUCCGACCACCGAGGUUCCAGAAAGCCUGGAAACAGUCCCGCAAGGUCCAGAGCCAAUUUCUGGCUUGCUUGACAGAGACAAAUCCACUUCGGAGGUGGGGGCCAAUUCAUGGGAGACCCCAACUCGUAGAAGGGGUGCCCGGGGCAGUGGACCUGGGGCUUGUUUUAAGAGUUUAUCCUAUAAAGUGCAUGUGAUGGAGGUAUGAGGCAGAGGGUUUAUUUUAAAAAUGUUCUUCCUUUUUUAAAAAGAGGAGGGGGGAAGAAUCGGACGUUAAAUUCUUUUGCAAACAUUCAUGCCUAAGGAAGGGCUGGAUCAGGCAGCCCCGGCCGCCGGAACCGGUCGGACAGGUAGCGAGCUUGUUGACACCGUUAUGUUGCAGGGCGCAUGCUCACUCCCAAGUUUCCUGGUGCCUUUUCUAUUCCACCUUAUGAAACUUUUUCCCCGGCGUGGUCUCACGCGCGAUUUAAGGCAUAGGUGUCGCCGUGCCCGGAGGCUGCGAGUCACCCGGAGUGAGGGAAAAGGCCGGGGCAGCGCGGCGGGAGGUGCAGGAAGAGGGCAAACAAGGCGGGAAGGUGGGCUCCGGGAGCCAGGGGAUUCAGGCGCCUCCACCGCCACUAGCGGGGAGCAGCGGGGAGGAGGGGGCCGCAGUCGGAAGAGGGGAUCCCACCAUGCCCAAAGUCUUUCUGGUGAAGAGGAGGAGCCCCGGAGUCUCGGUCCGCAGCUGGGAUGAGCUCCCGGAUGACAAAAGGGCAGACACCUACAUCCCAGUGAGCCUGGGCUGUCUGCUCUCCGACCCCCCCGAGGACUGCCGCAGCGACGGCGGCAGUAGCAGCGGUUGCAGCAGCAGCAGCAGUAGCAGCAGCGCCGGGGAGCCCGGAGGCACCGAGAGCAGCUCGUCCCCGCGCGCACCGGAGCCUGAAACCCCAGAGCUCCACGACGCCGAAGUCCCCGAUGGACACCUGGCAGCGAUGCAGCGGCCGGUUGCCAGGUCAAAAAUCAAGUUUACCACAGGCACGUGCAAUGACUCCGUGAUUCACAACUGCGAACUGUGUGGCAAGAGCUUCCGCCUGCAGCGCAUGCUCAACCGUCACCUCAAGUGCCACAACCAGGUAAAGAGGCACCUGUGCACCUUCUGCGGCAAGGGCUUCAAUGACACCUUCGACCUAAAGAGGCAUGUACGCACACAUACAGGCAUUCGCCCCUACAAAUGUGAUGUGUGUUACAAAGCCUUCACGCAGCGAUGUUCCUUGGAGUCCCACCUGAAGAAGAUCCACGGUGUGCAGCAGCAGUAUGCCUACAAGCAGCGCCGGGACAAGCUCUAUGUGUGUGAGGAUUGUGGCUACACGGGCCCCACCCAGGAGGACCUGUACCUGCACGUGAACAGUGCCCACCCGGGUAGCACGUUUCUCAAAAAGACUUCCAAAAAGCUGGCGGCCCUUCUGCAGAACAAGCUGACGUCCCCGCUGCAGGAGAAUUCCACCCUGAGUGAAGAGGAGGAAAAAAAGUGAAGAGAGAAAGUGGAGGAGAGACGCUCGGUGCCACGUUUACUCGGACUCUGGGUUCUGAGGCGUACCUCUCCUCGGCUUCACGGGUUCUUUUCAGUGACAAGUAUUCAGUCCACCUCUUCUUUUGGGACAUCAACAGUCAGAUGCCCUCCAAAGUUGUCAUUCUGCCACAACAGGCCCUGGACCCUGUGUCUGUUUUCUUGGUGGCUGAGAUCACGUACGGGUUCGUGUGUGUGUGUGUGUGUGUGUGUGUGUGUGUGUGUGUGUGUGUGUGUGAUGUGUAUUUUUUUUUUUCUGAUGGAAUUUUCACACAUGAAUAGAGGGGUGUUCUUAAAGAGACCAUCAUCUUAUGGUGCCUUGAAAUGCUUCUCAAGCAAGGAAAAUGUAUAUUCUUCUGAAAGAGUUUACAGAAACUAUUUUAAUAAAUGAAAUGUUCAUGUGAAA